AAAGCGCAGACACGCCCGCUUAUCCGCCAUUUCUAAGCAUUUUCAAAGAGAGAACUGAUAUCAACAGGGGGAAGAAAAAAAAAAGCAUUAAAAACCUAUCUAGAAUUAUCCAGCUUUUAAAAUUAUAACCCAGGACCCGGCGGCGUAAAGCUGUGUUAAUGCGGCGAGGAGAGUGAAGCAGAGGAUCGCUGCAGAAUUCAUUUCAAACCGGAGACUUGUUCGGAUCGAAGGCCGCCAUUUUCACAGCAAAGUCUAGUACUGGACAAAAAGCCUUUUAUAAACCGCUUUCACGAAAUCAGGGGCUCUAUAUUCCGCACUGCAAACAUAAGUAUACGAAUCUUUUUAUAUGCAGGUUGUGGGCAUGCCUGAUAUUUAACACAAUGAGGGGUGAUUUAUUUCAGUAAAAAGACAAAUCCGUUAGAUGUGUUGUGUGCUGGUAACUGAUAACAAAAAAUACGGAAAAGUUAAACUAAUUGCAAUAUUCUUUGUAUGUAUUCGAGUAUUCGUAUGUAUUCUUUUAAUUGGUGUUUAUAGAAAGUGGAAACUGAGCUUUAGGAUGAUUUAAAUAGAUAUUGGUGCAUAGACGUUUCUCUAGAAACGUUUAGCUACAGAAAUCUAUUUUAAUUUCCUGGUAGUAAUCUGUUACAUUUGCACCCCAUUUUGCUUUUAAAUUGUAAAGAUUGUUGGAGUGCAGUUCACCCUGGAUCCUUUAAGCGUAUGUGCUUCUUUUUAAGUAGCGGUUUAGAUUGAUCUAGUGUGUGUGUCUUCCAAAAAAUCAACAAUCAUGUCAUCAGCACGGUUCGAUUCCUCGGAUCGGUCCAGCUGGUAUUUCGGACCCGUUUCCCGACAAGAAGCUCAGAACCGGUUACAGGGACAGAGACACGGCAUGUUCCUGGUCCGGGAUUCAUCUACAUGCCCCGGUGACUAUGUGCUGUCGGUGUCGGAAAACUCGAAAGUGUCUCACUAUAUCAUCAACUCGUUACCAAACAAAAGGUUUAAAAUAGGAGAUCAGGAGUUUGAACAUCUACCAGCGCUUUUGGAAUUCUACAAAAUACAUUAUUUGGACACAACAACACUUAUAGAGCCAGCAACGAGGUACCCAAAUCCAGCCAUAGGAUCCAGUCCUGCACCUGUUCUGGGACCAGCAGAAGAAAACCUGGAGUAUGUUCGGACACUGUAUGAUUUCACUGGGAACGAUGCAGAGGAUCUUCCCUUCAAGAAAGGCGAGAUCCUGAUAAUCUUAGACAAGCCCGAGGAUCAGUGGUGGAGCGCCCGCACCAAGGAGGGCAGAGUCGGCAUGAUCCCUGUGCCAUACGUGGAAAAGCUUGUUCGACCAUCGCCGCAUCAGUUCCACGGCAACAGAAAUUCAAACAGUUACGGCAUCCCUGAGCCUGCACAUGCCUACGCCCAGCCACAGCCACCCUCCCCUCUCCCCCCUACCACCCCAGGGGCUGUCAUCAACCCUCUGCCCUCCACACAGAACGGACCUGUCCUGGCCAAAGCGAUCCAGAAACGAGUGCCGUGUGCGUACGACAAGACAGCCCUGGCACUAGAGGUCGGAGACAUUGUAAAGGUGACAAGGAUGAACAUUAGUGGCCAGUGGGAGGGUGAGGUGAAUGGCCGAAGAGGUCUGUUCCCCUUCACUCAUGUUAAAAUAAUUGACCCCCAGAACCCAGAAGAAAGCGAAUGAGUUUUUUUUUUUCCUUCACAUCUUCACUGCUGCCUCCAUUCGCCCGUCCUGUUAUCAACAUUGUUUGGUGCAUUGCUUCUAUGAGCUUCUCAGUCAAACGAGAAGUCUUCAACGUUUAAUCUGAUGCAGUAGAUGGGAUACGUCUGACAAUUCAGAACGCUGCCUAUAAACUGCCAUUAACCCCUUUCAAUAAUUAAAAUCAGGUUUAACAAGUAGUUUGAAUGUUUUAUGAGUUUAAUAUUUUUUUUUUUAACUGUUGGCUACAAAACUCCUGAGUCGUGGUGUUUGAUGUGUGUCUUCACUAAGUGACUACAGUUGUAGGUUUUUUUUGAGCGGCUGACUGAAGUCAAAUGUGUUUUUUCAGCUUUGUGACAAUGACGUUUUUAAGGAAGAGAAAGAAAUGUAAUCACAGGUGAAAAAGUUGGACAGCGAAAUGAAUUACUGUGCUAUAAAGGUCUGUCAUUCUCUUUUGUACCUUAAACGUAAGAAUAAGGCAGCCGCUGUUCUUGUAGAAUAAUGCAAAGUCAGUGUGGCCAACUGUAAAAUGGUGUCUUUGGCACAGGCUGGAUAAGGUAAGCCAUACCUAUUUGAAGCAAGGCAGUCAUUCUUGAGCAGCAAAGACAACCAUUAUCAAGGUCACCCGAGAGAUAACAAAAAGUUUGCCUCCCUUAAUGAAGCUUGUGUUAAUCUCAGAAGAGAGAAACAGAGGGGCUUGCAUGUAAAUUAGGGUCUAGGAAAGGUGUAAAAAUGUUAACGUUUUGUGCCAUAAACUUCCUGAUUAAAUUGUAGCAACAGCCGAAAAGAUAUUUUGGUUGAAAUCGGACGGUUAUGAAACACAAUCAUGGAGGAUGUACUUUUAUAAGCACUGCGUUUGUGAUAAGCUUUAAAAGGGAAACGCUCUGCAGGCUCCUACAGUAUUUGUUUUUCUUUAUCUGUAAUGUGUUUGAUGGUAAAGACUGUCCCUUUUGAAGAAACCUCCAUAACCUAUUUUUACCUGAGCUCUUUAAUUCCAGACAUGGUCAGUAGUUUAGGGCUUUCUGUCCAGAGUGAGUUAAUCACUACUCCUUUAACAAUGUUACAUGAUCAAGAGUUUAUUGGUGUACCUAGAAAACAACAAAGAAGGCUCCAUUCUCCUGCACCAUUUACCACAGACCAGUUUACACAACCCUGUUGUAUUUUUCAGAAACUGUUUAUUGAAAAAGCACAGCUGCUCAUUUUUGUCAUUGAUUAAUCACCUGUUUUAACCCCCUUGCCCAAAAAAAUGUUUGCUGAAGUGUUUCCCCUUUAAUGCCUUGUGCUGCUGGAUGUUCUCUUCCUUGCUUUGUUAUAGGCUGCUAGAGUACUGCAUUAGAGGCUGUCUGCAAAGAAACCACAUCGUUCAUGCGGCUGUCUGGUGGAUUAUCCCUAGCCAUGUGUUUUUUUUUUUUUUUUUUUAAGAGGAAACCAAUGUUAAAUUAGGUUGUCAAAGUGUAAAAGUUUGUAAUGACAUCUGCGCUCGUCAUGCGCUUUUACUUGUACUGAAAUAAAUUCAUAACGCAAACUUGAGUAAGAAUUAAAAGGGAAAGUGCCUGUCUGGCGCCUCUGCAUGAUAUCCUAACCUUAUUUAAAUUAGAUUUUUUUGUGUUAAGGGAAAGGCAAACGCUGCUUUGUGUCGCUCUGGAAUGCACAUGUUUCUUCCUGUGUAAUGCUAAUACAACAUAUGUUCUAACCCUGUGAUUGAACAAUAACUACUAGUAUUUAAAUAUUGCAUCUGGACUGUAAAUGUCAUGAUCCGAUAUAAAGCGUUUGCUUUCAAAAAUGACUUUGGAGGGGGCAUAUGUCUAAAUUGUAUUAUUUUUGUUUGUCAGAUUAACAGUAUUACAGUACCAAUAAUCAUAAUUUAGGGUGCAUACAGAAUAUCCAUGUCUCUUUUAAACAAAUUAGUGCCUUUUAUUUUCUUACCAUUAACAGUUGUAACAGUACUUCACAUGGUUAACACCAAUGUUAUGUAAAUAAACUUGACAUCAAGAUCCGUCA